GUUUACUCUUGUGUUGUUUAUAUUGUUUUCUUACCACGCGCACAAGUGUUUUUAUUUUUCUAUUUAAUUUCACGUUGUUUAUUUGUGUUACUUCACAUUUUGUCGUAUAAAUCGAAAAAUAAAUAGUGUUUCACAAUUGUUUCAGCAUAAACAUCUUUACAGAUGAGUUUCUUCAAUACUCCCUUGAAACAUGGCAAAGGUGUCAAUAAACCAUUUCGAUCGCCUCUUAUUAAAGGCGAUCAAAAUAAACAAAGCACGCCUUUGAAAUUAAAUCAAAAUCCAAGAAUAAGAUCAUUAGGUUUCAAUUCUCCGAUGAAUUCUCGAGGAUUUAAUUCUCCAAUGAAACCUUUAUUAUUAACAUCUCCAUCAAAAAAUUCAGAAACUGAAACUCUCACAAAUUGUGGUGAUUAUUCAUCACCUUUAAAACGAAUAGAUAAUAAUUUACUUUUGAAACGUUCGCGAAACAAUGCUUUAAAACUUUUGUAUGAUGAUACAUCUAUACAGACGUCAGAAAAUAAAUUACAUAUCAAAUCAGAAAAAGAAGCGUCUAAAGAAUCAAUAGAAUUUAUCACAAAUGUAAAAAAUGAAAAUCAAAAUAGUAAAGAGAAAAUUGAUUCAAUAAUCAAUGAAGAUGAACAAACUGAAAAUUUAGAAUUAAAGAAAACUCCAGUCUCACCCACAAUUCAGCAAGCAAUUGACAAUUCAGAGUAUCAACCGGUCGUAAAACUUCAACGAUUGAAUCAAAAUAUAAUAAAUGUAUAUAAACAAGAUUUUUUACUAUUGAUUCAAAGGGUAAAUGACAAGAAACGUGAAAUGGUCGAGUUGAGAGCAAAAAUCCCACUUGAAAGAAAGCAUAAUCUUGAGGAAAUAGCGGUAUCGAUAGGGAAAUGGAGAGAGGCGUUUGCGGAUGCUUUAGAAACUUUACGUGAAAGUUUAACUGAAAAAAAUGGACGUUAUUUUAGUGCAAGUGAUGUUUUAAAAUUAUUAUCGAUUCCAAAUCACAUAGUUCAUUAUUCCGAGGAAAUAAAUGAUUUCAUUUAUCCUACGAUUUAGUUUAUAAGAAAGUUA